AUCACAUGAGAUUUUUUGUUUUUAUGUAUGUGGGGCCAUAGCCUGUGGUUCCUUUUUCUUGCUCUCUCUUAUCGAGCUUAAUCGCUGAACCGGUGAGCGUCAUUUCCUGCUCUACUAGCGGUACUCUCGCUGCCCCAAAUUCGGAGAGAUUUUACUUUGUGGGUAUUCUCUGUUCAAUCAUAUUUAUGGCUUCUGCAAUGCUCAAUGGAGCUGAGAACCUCACUCGUUUCAGAGGAAUAACACCAAAUGGGUUAGGUUUUUCUGGAUCGGAUUUUCAUGGGAAGAACUUUCCCAAGGUGGGUUUGUUUUACAAUGCUAGAAUUUCCAGGUCUGGUGCUAGAAUUACUUUGCCCAAGUGCAGUCUCUCAGCUUCUAGGCCGGCUUCUCAGCCGAGGUUCAUUCAGCACAAAAAGGAGGCAUUUUGGUUCUACAGGUUCCUCUCGAUUGUGUAUGACCAUGUUAUAAACCCAGGGCAUUGGACUGAGGACAUGAGGGAUGAUGCACUCGAACCUGCUGAUCUCAGUGAUCGGAACAUGAUUGUUGUGGAUGUUGGGGGUGGUACUGGUUUCACCACUUUGGGUAUAGUUAAGCAUGUGGAUGCCAAAAAUGUAACCAUUCUUGACCAGUCCCCUCAUCAGCUUGCUAAGGCUAAGCAGAAGGAGCCUUUGAAGGAUUGCAAGAUAAUUGAAGGUGAUGCGGAGGAACUCCCUUUCCGUACUGAUUAUGCUGAUCGAUAUGUAUCGGCUGGAAGUAUCGAGUAUUGGCCAGACCCACAGCGUGGCAUCAGGGAAGCAUAUAGGGUCUUAAAACUCGGAGGAAAAGCAUGCAUAAUCGGUCCUGUUUAUCCAACAUUCUGGUUAUCUCGCUUCUUUGCUGAUGUAUGGAUGCUCUUUCCAAAGGAGGAAGAGUACAUAGAAUGGUUCCAAAAGGCAGGUUUUAAGGAUGUACAACUGAAAAGGAUUGGCCCAAAAUGGUAUCGUGGGGUUCGCAGGCAUGGGUUGAUCAUGGGAUGUUCUGUAACAGGUGUCAAACCAGCAUCUGGGGAUUCUCCUUUGCAGCUUGGUCCGAAGCAAGAGGAUGUUUCAAAGCCAGUACAUCCGUUAGUGUUCCUAUCACGCUUGAUUUUGGGUGCCUUGGCUGGGGCUUACUUCGUACUAGUGCCUAUCUAUAUGUGGAUCAAAGAUAAAAUUGUACCCAAAGGCCAACCAAUCUGAGAGAGAGAGAGAGAGAGAGAGAGAGAGAGAGAGAGGUCUUUGCUGUUUGUAGGAUAUGCUAACAUGCCUCAAGUCCUGUUUAAUAUCCUUAAGAUAUUUCACUCAACAAUGAUAAGCCAUUCCAUGUGCUUUUGUAUGUUAACUUACUCCUUUUCAAAUGCACGUCUGAUGUUGCAUUCA